UUUUUUUUGAUAAAAUUCCAUCAUUUAUAUCCAACACCACCUUCCAUGAGUUUUAUCUGGAUCCCAUGCUCAGAAAUCAAGAUUCAACAUACUGAAAAAUUCUGGAUACGUCACUGUUUUUUUGGGAAAAUGACUUUUCGUCUCGCUUUUUCAUUACGAACUCGUGUUGAAAUAGUCCGUUACGAUCUCCGAACAUAGGAAAAACGACAGGAUGUUCGGAAUGAACUUUGUCCAGAAGUUCGUGACGAACUCUGACAAUCAAUUGUUAGUGGUUGAACAGUAAAAAUCUUGACUGGAGAUCAGAAUGAGAAAGUUCGGAAUCACAAAGACAGGAUGUUCAUAACUAUAUUGAGAUUUACUCAUCUUUUGAGAGAUUUUGAAGUGACACGCUUGUCUUGUUUAUAAAAACAGAAAGAAAAAUCUUGAUAUCCGUUAUGAUCUCCUAGUAGAUUCUUUUACAAACUUCCUGCUAAUCUCAGUUCAUUGUUCUGAUCUUUUUCUGUAAAAAAAAACCGUUAGACAUACAUUUCGAACAUCCGACCUUGUUUCUGACGAUCUCCGAUAGCUACAUCAGAUAUAAUAAAAUUCAUUCUAUUCCAAACACCCGAUAGCACCAUUCCAAUUUCUCCGUUUUUCUAUUACGAACUCCAAUCAUAAAUAUUUAAGGACAAAAAUUCAUUUCCGAAGUUCGGAAUGACUUGAGACGAAAAGUACGUCACCCAUCUUUUUUUUUAGAACUUUUCACUUAAAGAUCCGACAUUGUUAGAAAAGAAAAUUUUAAAUAUAUCUUAGAUUCCGACAGCUGAUGUCUAUCGAGGAAAAUAUCGUGAUAUUGAUUAUAAUAAUGAUGAAGCUAAAUUAUGUCAAUUAUAUGUUGAUGAAAUUCGUCGAAUAGUUGAAGAAGCUGAAUCACGUGGACGACGUAUAGCAAUAUUUUUUCUUGAAACAUUACAAUCAUGUGGUGGACAAAUUAUUUAUCCAAAAGGAUAUCUUAAACAAACAUUUAAGUAAAAUGAACAUAUGGUUUUUUUUUUUUUAUAAGUUUCUAAAUAUGAGUUUUUUUUUUAAUAAUUAGUUAUCUUCAAUCUAAAGGUAUUUUAUGU